CUGGUAGUGACCUCACACAACAUUUCUCGACCGGCUUGGGGGACCAUCAGUACAAAGAAUGGCCAGAAGUAUCUUCAUGUCAAAUCGUGGGAGUUGGGGGUCUUUGUGUCGCCGGAUACCGUGGGGGUGAAAAAGCUCGUGCCGUUUGUGGACGGCAAUCAAGCUCCAGGAACCGCCACUGUGCCCAUGCCCUUUCAGACUCAAGCACUCGAACGAUACAGUGACAAGGAUGAGCCAUGGGCUUGGGACAAGACCUAUGACACACCGGACCGUGAGGGUUACCACUCUCUGCAGGAGGCAAUGAAUGAACCACACGAGUAG